AUGGGAGACGAAAAAGAGGGUGUUCCUGUGGGCUUGCUUCGUGCCGUCGACCAGACUGUCGAAAUCAAGCAAGUUGGACAUACUCGAAGUCUGAAUGUGCACGUUACAGCUGCACUGAUGAUUGCAAAGUUUGCUGAGCAAACAAAUAAAGUUGAAAGGGGUUUUGUUGGAAUUUUUUUUUGUUUGGUGCUUCUUAUUCCUGUCUUUGAAUAUCUAUUUUUCAGUGUAUGCCCGCUUCACUGGUCCCUGAACAAAAACAUGUCAUCCGAAGUGCUUCGCGGUAUUGAUCCUCGUGGUUACUUUUCCACGUUCUUCAGAGAAGGCGUUUUUCCCGAUGGUCGUGGUCUUCUGGAUGAGCAAAAGCUCGUUUUCAAGCAAGGCGAAUGUGGAGGCGUCGGCUCAUCUGUCGUAAGCACCCAAUGCGUGACGGUUUCAUGCUCAAUAGAAGCGUCGGUGUCGCUGGUCAGCGAUGCGCCACUUGUGGAUAUUAAAAUUGAACCGUCUCAACAACUUCCAGAGAAAGAUGCCGAAGAGUACAAUAGCCUUCUUCUAUCGUUAUUCACGAUUGGUAACUUUGUAAAACGGGAAAACUUGCGAUGCUUGGACAUUUGUGACAAAACGCUACCUCUCGAGUGGCAACUCCAUAUUACUAUCAAAGUGUUGAGUCUUGAAGGAAGCUUGUUGGAUGCUGUUGUGUGUGCCAUCGGAGCGGCUCUAGCCGACACCAAACUCCCUUCAAUUGCAUUGGAUCAUGCGGACACUGAUGAAUCUGUUAUUGAAAAAAAUCAAAUUCGAGCGGACUAUCGGACAAUGCAUAAGCUCACCCUCGAAGAGCCCCUCAUGUGCUGCUCGUUUGGAAUUUUUGUGGAUAAUGAAUCGAAACAAAGCAAGGAAUUGCUUCUUCUAGCUCCCAACUUUGAAGCUAUAUCCGUCUGCCGAGCUACAUGCUCCGUAAUUGUUGGCAAAGAUAACAUGGUGGCCGUUCGUGAAAGAGGACGACUGGCAAACUUUUCCCUUCUCAAGAAAAUGUGUCAAAUCACUGCCGAGCGACGACAAAAGUUCGUUGAGACACUGCGAUCUACUUAA